CGGGACGUUCCCCCUCGAGCUUCCGGCGACGUGCUAGUCAAGUCCACGCCCGCGACUUGUCUGCUCGCCGGUCCUCAUGGCGGCUGCUGGGCUCUUCCUGGCACGAGGGACCCGCUGGAUGGCCACCCUGGCCCAGAUGCACCGGCUGGGCCGGCCCAAGCGCCCCCCCCGCCCCCCGGGCCCGCUGGAGGGCCACCCGCAGCUGAAGGGGGUGGUGCUGAAGACGCUGAUCCGCAAGCCCAAGAAGCCCAACUCGGCCAACCGCAAGUGCGCCCUGGUGCGCCUGAGCACGGGCCGAGAGCUGGUCUGCUUCAUCCCCGGCGAAGGCCACAACCUGCAGGAGCACAUGGCCGUCCUGGUGGAGGGCGGGCGCAAGCAGGACCUGCCCGGCGUCAAAGUCCGGAUCGUGCGGGGCAAGUACGACUGCGCCCACGUCAAGAAGAAGAUGGCCUAGAGGGGGCGCUCACGCACACACACACAGACACCACCACCACCACCACCUAUGCGCCCCCCCCAGGUCAAAGCGGGGCUACACCGUUCCCCCGGAGGAGGACAGGACUGAGCAGCCGAGAGGGCGGCACGGACGUUCCAUGAGUCGGUGAACAAAUAAAUGGGGAGGGGGUCUUCAGCCCCUCCUUGACUCUC